AUGCUCCUACCGCUUAGUUUGCUAAUAUUUCUUGAACUGCCGUUGAUUGCUGCCAGCAGUCAUGGUCAUCGAUUCAGACGGCAAAUGAAAGAGUCAAACGAUGCUACUGCUGAGGAAGAACGAGAAGUGUUAUCAUCGUUAAUCAGCGAAUUUAUGGUGGAUUCAAAGUCACAACUUGUUGUAGACAUGGAUUUGUUUUGGGACAUUUAUGCAUAUGGUCCUUCAAAAAUGCUUAAUUCAUUAAAUAGCGGCAACGAGUCGUUUUCAUUGCAGCUCUUAGACUACUUAAACCAGUUAAAGGAAUAUGAUGUAUCGGCUCCAUGUUUAACAGAUAUCGCACACUUUUUGUGGUCAUCGAUACAGUAUGUUCGAUGGUUGAAUGAUUUAUCAUGUCAAAAUUGUUCCUGCAGUUUACGUUCACCAGCUGAACAUCAAUGGAUCUUUAAUGUGAUUGACGCUUUCGGGAAACCACCGCCUGGUGUACUGGGUGGAAAUAAUCUGUGGAUUGGUUCGUGGAGCGAAUGCAGAAAAAUCAGCGUAAUUAAAAAUCGUCAAGGGCAAAAAUGGUCUGGACAGUACUGUAUGGCAAAGUUUUAUCCCUACAACCGGGAUAAUCCGCUGAAAAAAAUUGGUUCAGAUAACAAUCCAAAUUUCGCCGAACAGUGUCGAAAUCUUGCUGACGACGGUGUAGGCGAAAGCUCAGAAGAAAUUGACGAUGGCAAAUGCUUUGAACUGUUACCACUGCUAAACUAUGGGAUUUGUACUCCUGAUUCCUGUACAACUUAUGACGUUGAAAAGAUUAUCAGUCUUCUUUAUAGAAUGUCAGAAGCGGCAAUUGGUCGUCAAGUCGUUUGUAAAGUAAAUGUUGUUUGCACUAACAAUCUUCCUGAAUCUCAACUCACAAAUAAUUCAAGUUCUGUUGCUGUUGUACUUCUACUAAUUCUUGUGGCCAUAAUAAUGGUUUUUGGUACACUCUACGAUUAUAUAGUCUAUCAGCGACUUGUCAAAAACGUUGAUCAGAAUGAAUUUUACGAACAACAAAGUUGGUUUGUAAAACUGUUAUUAGCAUUCUCGACGUACACAAAUGGUAAGUUUAUUUUACGAACUGAACGCUUAGAAAAGCAAAUCCACUGUUUGCAUGGAAUGCGUGUGAUGAGUAUGUUUUGGAUUAUACUCGGACAUUCUUAUUACUAUAUGGUUACCAGUAUGACAAUGGAUAACCUUCUGCCGGCGUUAAUCGCUUUUCCACAAAAAAUCUUUAAUUUGGUCAUUGUUCAGGCACCUCUAGCUGUUGAUUCGUUCUUCUUUUUAAGCGGACUGCUAACCUGUUAUCUGUUUAUUCAAAAAUUUAGCGUUGCGUACAAAAAGGGCAAGUCAGUACUUUCUGCUGAUCUAUGGUCACUCUUCUAUAUUCAUCGUUAUGUAAGGUUGACUCCAGUCUACCUUGUUGUGAUGCUAUUAGAUGUUACACUUUUUACAUACUUCGCCGACGGUCCAUUUUGGCGACCUAUUGAAACAGAUUAUUGUCGUUCAAACUGGUGGACAAAUUUGAUCUACAUGAACAAUUUUCUGAAACAAGACGUUGCUACGUGUAUGGGAUGGACCUGGUAUAUGGCUAACGAUAUGCAAUUUCACGUAUUUGCUCCAAUAUUUCUGAUACUUUUGUUUAAGAAGGAGAAAUUGGGAGUUGCUGCUUGUUUGUUAACAAUUUUAAUGUCGACUAUAAUUCAUUUGACAGUUGUUCUUACAUACGGUUAUCCUCCAGCACCACUUCUGACAGCAAAACUUCAAAUUGUUAAAAUUUUGGACUCAUAUUGGAACUAUGUUUAUAUAAAGUCAUACAUUCGUUGCGUUCCUUACAUUACCGGAUUGCUUGUUGGUUAUCUCCUGAACAAAACAACAUUGAAACCAGUGAUUCCACGCUGGAAAAUAAUAUUAGGUUGGAUUGUAUCAACGUUUUUCGGCUUAAUGUCAGUGUUCAGUCCGUAUCAUUACGCAAAAACAGGCGAAAUUUCUACACUUGAAACUGUUGCCUAUGUUGUAUUUGGACGAAGCGGUUAUGCAUUGAGCCUUGCCUGGGUGUCGUUUGCAUGUUCAACUGGAUAUGGGGGUCCAGUUAAUUCAUUCCUUUCAUGGAAAGCAUGGAUACCGUUAAGCAGAAUAACCUUUUGCGCUUAUCUGAUACAUCCAGUGUUAAUUCAGAUGUAUCACUUUAGCAGACCUCACCCGUUCCAUUUUACAGCGACAUAUCAAAUGAUCUACUUAUUUGCUGUUGCUGUUGUUGUGGCCUAUUUUGUCGGUUUCUUUAUCAGUCUUGCAUUUGAAGUACCUGUACAAAUACUAGAAAAUCUUGUUGUUAACAAUAUAAUGCAGAGGCUUCGCCGUUCGAAGCCAAGAGAAAAGAUGUUACAGUCUCUAAAUAGAAGCGAUAAUAGGAAAGCUGCAGAGGUAUCUGUCCAGAAGUCUUCACAACAAUCAUGA